UUUUAAAAAAAAAAAAUCUUUUGGAGUCUUACAUUUUCGGGUGUUCUGCAUCAAAAGAAAAAUCUUAAACUAGAUAGGUACAGGCGUGUAUAGUAACACUCCAAAAGACGCAAAUUCAAUUCCUUUAGAACCUCUCAUACGCCAAUUCGUCACUCAUACGCUAAUUCCACAGCUCGAAUUGCAGAUCAAUUUUUCAAGUGUUGUGGCUGGAAAUCAGGGAUGAAUGACCUGUCAUCCCCGAGCCCAGGGCGGCCGCCCCUCCUGCCCUGGCUCAGGGAUGGGCCUGGUUAGUGAAGGCAAGGUGAACUUGGUAGGUUUUUGGGGAUCAUACUGAACAUCAGGUGGGGCAUUCCUAGAACUGAACUUUGGGACUUCGUACGCUGAAACGAAGUUCGUAUUGCUAACCACAUGGCUAAUGUUGCUCUGCGUCUUUUCUAAAACUCGCUUGUUUACAAAUCUACUCAUUAUGUUUUGAAUGAAAUUGAUGCUAUCUGACUAUCUGUGCAAUGGAAUUUUCAAUUAACAAGCAUGGAACAGUAGAAUUGAAGUUGUCCAGUCCAUCUACCUAUUGUUUGCAUCACAAUUGUAGAUGACAACAAUGAGUGAUCUGUGUUUGAUUGAGAUGUACAAUAGAGUAUUAUCUGAUGGUAGAAGGUGUUGAAUAUUUGCCUUAAACAAUCACACUAUAUCCUAUUCUAUUGAGUCAGGUCAUCGCUUCACCUGGGGUCUGUUUUCUUCCUUGUUCUCCGGAUCUUGUUUGCGUGGUUUUUUAUAUGAAAGGACUUAUUUCUUAAAUUACUGAGUUGAUGGGGCUCGAGAUAAGGUUUUUUCAUUCUUUAAGAUAGGAAGUAGCUUGGGGUGCUUUCUUUCCUAUGGAUGCUUACUGUUCUAUCCAUUUUGUUUUGAGCAUUAACCUAAUUUUUUACAGGUUUAGUUUGGACUUCCUUUUCCAUUCUUUUGGUAGAUAGAAUAGUCUUAAAUAAUUUGCUGGUGUACUACAAUAUGGAAAUUCGGGACACGCCAAGCAGAACUUAUUACGUGGCUUUCCAGGGGCUAAUGCUUGAGAGAAGUGGAAAUGGCUUUUCUAGGUGACAAGUCUCCAGAAGUGCUAGUAGUUUACAGUAAGAGCUUUCGGAAGAACAGGAGCAGGAAGAAGGAUUGAUUACAGGCAGUCAACAAUAAUCAAUGAGCCAUAGGGCAUUUUGCGAUACCGGAUAUUAGUAUAGUAUAAUCAAAGGCAUUAUUAUUUGUGAAGAGUCUCUAAUGAAGGGUUUGAAGUUUGAUGGUAUUAUUGAGAUGCAACUGCUUUCAGAAUUUUAAUCCGUUUUGCUAUGUUGGGGUUAGAAAAUCAAAUUUGAUUCUUCAGUGAAUUAUAUAAAGAUGGCAUUUUCAUUUCUUGAGUUAGUGUUUUUAGAAGAAAAUGCCAUUGCUUACCAAACAGCUUCAGUAAAUAUAGUCAAUUUCUUUUCCUCUCGUGUGAUCUUUUCUUUACUCCAUGCCUGUUGUUUUCGGAGUAUUUAUUAAUCAAUGCCGUGACCAUGAUGAUCAGAUGAUCUACUGGAAAGUGGAAAUCCCCUGAUAUAAUCUCUGAUACUAAGUAGUGUGAGAUAGUGAAGAUACCUGUAAAGUGUUUGUUUGAUUAUUUUUGCCAGUUGACCUGUAAACUGUUAUUAACAGGUUCAGUUAGCAGGCUAGAACCUGGAAGAGCAUAAAUGUCAUGGUAAAGUGAACAUCUGUAUUGUGUUUAGAGUUGGACCACUCUGCAACUUUUUGUUCACAAUGUCGCGCAGCUGCUGUUUUGUAACGCCUAUGCUACCAGUUACUCUUCCAUUUUCCAGUUAUCUUAUCUCCGAACGCCUUUAUUCCUCAUCAACGACAACCACGAGGAACCUUUUCUUCAAAUUCAGCCCUCACAAGUCCUUAUUCGUAGUCAGAUGCUGUUCGAGAGAUGCCUUUGUUGUUGUGAAUGAUAACAAGUAUGGGAACAAACAGGUGGUUAGUUUGACUCCGAGACUUUAUGACUAUGUCCUGAGCAAUGUCCGAGAGCCAGAGGUGUUAAGGGAACUACGGGAAGAGACUGCUACAAUGCAUGGCAGCCAAAUGCAGGUCUCUCCUGAUCAAGCUCAGCUCCUUGCUAUGCUUGUCCAGAUUCUUGGGGCAAGAAGGUGUAUUGAGGUUGGAGUUUACUCCGGGUACUCAUCCUUGGCUGUUGCCCUUGUUCUCCCAGAAUCAGGUUGUUUAGUCGCCUGUGAGAGAGAUGAGAAGGCUCUAGAAGUCGCUAAAAGGUUCUAUGAGCGAGCUGGGGUUCUCCAUAAGGUGCAAAUCAAACAUGGGCUUGCCAUACAUACUUUGAAUUUAUUGCUUUUGAAUGGAGAAGCUGGCAGCUAUGACUUUGCAUUCAUUGACGCAGAGAAGAAAAUGUAUAUGGAGUACUUUGAGUUGUUGUUAAAGCUUGUGAAGGUUGGUGGAGUUAUUGUGAUCGAUAAUGUACUUUGGCACGGAAAAGUUGCUGAUCCGCUGGUGAAUGAUUCAAAAACUGCUAGUGUCAGGGAUUUCAAUAAAGCUAUUUUCGAGGAUGAACGUGUAAGCAUCAGUUUAGUACCUAUUGGGGAUGGCAUGACAAUUUGCAGAAAAAGAUGAGAAGUUGUCAAGUUUAGUAUGUAAUAUGUUUUUUUUUGUUUUAUGUGGGCAUUUACGCUCUCUGUGUAAGACAGAGAGAAAGCAAGCUCUCUUCCAGAUCGUCCAUCAGAUAUCGCAGCGCACUUAAAGCUAUGUGUAUCCAAGGCUGUUUUUGUUGCUCA